GUACCUUCUCUCCAACUCGCAAAGUCGCCUACGUUUCUUUUUCUUGUCUGUUUCCUCGAAGUCCUGCUCAUCCAUGGAGUCGAGCAGAGUUCUUGGAACUCUUUAUUACCGAAAUCGAUCAAUCUGAUUGAAGCUAUUGAGAAAGUUUUGUUUUUUUGGUUUUUAUCCUUCUUUUCUCAUGAAAAAUCCUCUUUUUAUUCUUCUUCUUCAUCCCUGUAUUCCGGAACUGAAUCACCGUUUUCUCUAAAACUCCCCCGAAAUAGGCUCUUCUUCUUUCCCGACCUGCGCUCGAUUCAGCAGAUAAAAAAAAAAAAAUCAGUUUUUUGUUACGGAUUUGGGAACCACAAAACAGGAAACCUUUCAAAACUCAAGAUUUUGACUAAAAGAGGCGACCUUGCGUCAAAAUGGCGGACUCCGAUAACGAAUCCGCCGGCAAUAACAACAGCGGCGGAGCUACCAACAGCGAUUUCUCAUCCCCGAGAGAACAAGACCGCUUACUCCCAAUCGCAAACGUAAGCCGGAUAAUGAAGAAAGCCCUUCCCGCAAACGCCAAGAUCUCAAAAGACGCCAAGGAGACUGUACAGGAAUGCGUUUCGGAGUUCAUCAGCUUCAUCACAGGCGAGGCUUCCGACAAGUGUCAGCGCGAGAAGCGCAAGACUAUCAAUGGCGAUGAUCUUCUCUGGGCCAUGACCACCCUCGGCUUCGAAGACUACGCUGAACCCCUCAAGGUUUAUUUGCAGAAGUUCAGAGAGCUGGAAGGCGAUAAGGGCAUUUCAUCAGCUCAAUCACAGCAGAAAGAGGAGUUCGCCGGAGGGGGGAUGCUGAUGAUGGGGCGACAGAUGUAUGGGUCUACAUACCAUCCUCAGCACCAUAAUAUGGGUGGGAAGGGAGGCGGAUUGGGAAGCGGUGGUGGGAAUUCUUCUGCUGGUGCUGGAAUUGGAAGAGGCAAGGGAGGAUAUGAUCUGUGUUAAUUAUUCUAAUGUUUUUUGUUAUUUGUUUCUGAUCUGUUUAUGAUGGUAUUUGCUUUCAUGAUGAAGAACUGAAAUAUGUAUUUUGAUAUAAUAGAUUGGAGGAGAGUGCAAGAUUAUUUAAAAACUGGAUGAAUUUUGAAUGGCA